UAAAGCUUACGAUAUUCAUUAUUGAUCAGUUAUAACUUGAUUAACUUUCUGGAGGUUCCUGUUUAUUCCAAGAUGUUACUAUACUAUACCAGAAUGGUUAAAAUGAAACAGGGCCUGGACCAAAUAAAUAAAGAAAUUUGACAUGUUGGACAUACCAUCAUAUUCUCUUGUUAGCUCGUUAUGUGCAGAAAUGCACUAUAAUUGAUCAAUAAUGCCUAGCUGGAUCUUUCAUCAGGACUGGUUAGCCAAGAUCUGUUUGGGAAUUUUUAAAUUUUGGCUAAAGAAGGGAAAAUCUCUACUCACCUAAGAUUUUCUAAGAAGUUUAUGCUCGCCACGGGUGGUUCAGGUCUAAUUGUACACACCGCCACAAGCUUUGACGUGCUAUCUUCCAGGGCUUCUGCAGAGUGGAUUAGCAUGCUGCCGGUAGCCUUGGCAGAAACCAGUUAUACUGCCUUUGUAAGACCUAUUGUCCUCCCAGAGUGUACUUUCUGAGGAGGCAGAUGCAGGAACAUCUUUUGUUGUCGCACGAUGUCUUUCAGAAACUAGAUACAUUAUUUGUAUUUCACCUUUUUAGCCAUGCCACCUCGCACUUGCCGAUCUAGAGAACAUGGCAAAAUUCCAGAGAAACAAUUAGAUAAUGCCAGGCCCUGCUCACUGGCAAUGUUAGCCUACAGUUUCUUGUUUAAAAGAGAUAAAGUGCCCUCACUUUUGUUACAUUUUGUCAUGAGAGGUUUCUUGUUGAACCGGUAUGGGCCCUAGCCCAUCAAGAUCUGUCUCUUGGGCCCAAGCCCAUGAGAGGUGCUGACCUAGAAGAGGAGCCCCUCUUCCCCCUGUCCCGUGUGAGCCGCCACAUCUAAGACACACACUCACGCAGGCAACAAGACAGGAGGGGAGGCGCUGUGUGAAGGUACCCACCUCCCGAUUCAACAUGGUAUCGAGCCAGGCGACGACGGUGGCGGCGUAGUCCCUCGCCGGAGGGGGCGGCCGAGGAGGGCUGUUGCGGGCUGUGCAGGCGGCUGCGGCGGGAAGAAGAGGAGGAGGAAGAAGGCGGCAGCGGAUUUGGGCUGCGUGCGAGUCUGGCUGAGGCGGGGAGCUGCUGCUGUUGGUGCUGCUGAACAGAGGAGGAACUGCAGCAGCUGCUGCUGUCUUGUGCUGUUCCUGGGAGCUUGCUGAGCUGCUGGUGCUUUUCGGCUGCUUCUUGGUGCUGCGGCAGAGGAAGAAAGAGUGGUUGCCUGCUGGACAGCUCGUUCUGGAACAGGAAGAGCCUUGGCUGGACCGCUUGUGUGCUUUACAGAGAUUUUUUUUUUCUCUAUGGACUUGCUGUUGUGAGCUUGGUGUUGUGGUGGUGGUGGUGGUGCUCCUUGGGAAAGAAGACUCUCCGAGGCUGAGUUUUGCUGUUGCUGCUCAUCCCGCCAAACGAUGGCUGAACCAACUGGUCUUGCCGAGGCUUUGGAGAAGCUCGCUAAGAUCCUCGCGGAGUCCAACUCUGGGGCCAUCGUUCCUCGACAGGAAGUGGCUCAAAAGCUUGAAAUGUCGCCCCUGGACAUGAAGCUAGAGGGGGCAACAAAUUAUUUGAGCUGGUCCAGGAGGGCUUUGUGGGCUGUGGAGCAGAAGGAGCUUGAUGGAUAUUUGUUGGGCACCGUUGUAGAACCAAGGGACAAGAGUAGUGCAGAGGGCAAGAGGUGGAAGGUCAUCCACUCUGUACUUAUGGUGUGGUUGUUGAACUCCGUGGUGCCCUCCAUUGGACGCUCUGUGGAGGGGCUAUCCUCACCUGCUGAGAUAUGGAAGAUUCUAUCCACUCAGUACUCUGGCAAGGGCAAUGUCAUGCUCAUUGCUCAGAUCGAGGACAAGAUUAGGUUGCUGCGCCAAGAUGAUGGCAUGUCAGUGAUGACAUACGUGGCAGAACUGCAGGCUCUGUGGGCUGACCAGGAUAACUGUGAUCCCCUGGAACUCUAUGACGCGGCUUCAAUCGAGUCAGGGCAUAAGUGGAUGGCACGCAGGCGUGUGCUGAAAUUUUUGGCUGGCCUCAAAGGUUGCUUUGAUGGCAGGAAGGCUUCCCUGUUGCACCAACCUAGUCUGCCUACCAUUCCUGAGGCUAUUGCAGCGAUGACUCAAGAGGAGGUGCGCCUAUCCCUUGAGCAUGCAGACAUGAAGGUUGUGCCAGCUUCGACAUUUGCAGUCACUGAGCGCAUGGAGUGGGGAGAUCCCACCAAAUGUCAUAUCUGUGGGGAGGUAGGUCACUGGAAGAGAGAAUGUCCAACUCGUGGCAGAGGCAGGGGAUAUAACAGAGGGGGAACAGGCAGAGGUAGAAGUGCUAGAGGCAGAGGUGGAUACUCAGAGACCUCAUGGGGCCAGGCUUCUAGAGGUAGAGGUGGCUACUCAGGACACUCAGGGGGUCAGAGGGCUCACAUGGCCGUUGCAGGAGACACUGGGACGUCCAAAGGCAAAGAUGUAGAUGAUGUUGUCUAUGGAGACUUUGCUCACUGGGCCUCCACUGAUGAAGGUGCGACAGACGAGCCAGACGGUUGGGACUGGCACCAGGCGUAGGGGGCUCUGGUACAUGGACCAGGAGGUGCAGCCGGACUUGGUGUGUGCUGCGACCAUGGAGGAUAAGGAGAAGCAUGCGAUGAUCCAUCACUGUAGGAUGGGGCAUGUAUCUUUUGAUAAGAUGAGUAGAAUAUUUCCGGAUGUUAUGUGUGGAAUAGGCAAAGGCAAGCUGACAUGUGAUGCUUGUGAAUAUGCAAAACACACACGGGCCUCAUAUGUGAGUAAGGG